AUGUGGGGCAGGGGCCCCUCAUGCCUGCCCCGGAUCGGGGGCUCCGGCGUCGGUGGGAGCCUCCGAGAAAGAGGUGUAAGGAGGACGACGCUGGACCCGCGGUCCGUCUCCUGCUUGCCGCCCCCGGAGCGCCGGGGUGAGGAGUCGCCUCUUGGGUACCACGGGGAGUGGGAGUCCAGGCCGGUGCUCCUCAAACCCGCUUCUCCCCGGUCGUUGGAGCGGAGGGGAAGGGGGUUCUCCGGGACUCACCUCGAGCCUGUUGUCAACAUUAGCCCCGGGUUUCCCAGCACUAACUCCAGCUCGGGCUCUCCCCUCCCUUCCCCCCACCUAUCUCGCAGCCGAGGGCCCGCCUUCCCUCAGCUCCCCCUCCUCCCUCCGCCCGCCGGCCCUCCCGCCCGUCCGCCCGCCACUCACCAGCGCGGACAAGCUGUGAGUGGGGGCGGGGAGGAGCGAGGUGGAAAGGAAGAAGCUCUCCCCUACAUUGCCAGAUUGAACACAGUUCGGAUCGCCCAUCCUCCAGCAUACCGCUGCCCUCAAUUUAGCUACGAGGUGGUAGAUAGCGAGUAA